GAGGAGCUGUGCCCGGACCUGCCGGACCUGGAGCGGCUGAUGGGGGACAUCGGUGGCCUGGCGGACUCGGGUGCCCGGUACACGGAGAUGCCGCACGUGAUCGAGGUGACGCUGCCCAUGCUGUGCCAUUACCUGCCCCGCUGGUGGGAGCGCGGCCCCGACGCCGCCCCCCAGGGCCCCUGGGCCACCUCGGUCACCGGGCACCACCUGAACGCCCUCCUGGGCCACAUCCUGCGCAUCGUCGUCAACAACCUGGGCAUCGACGAGGCCUCCUGGAUGAAGAGGCUGGCGGUGUUCGCCCAGCCCAUCGUGAGCAAGGCUCGGCCGGAGCUGCUGCGCUCCCACUUCAUCCCCACGCUGGGGCGGCUGCGCAAGCGCGCGGGGAAGGUGGUGGCCGAGGAGGAGCA